AUGGCUCAUUCUACAAAUUUUGAUUCUGAUUUUGUAUCAACAGCUGUUCCAAGUGAUGAAUCUAAUGAAAAAAUCUAUGUAAAAAAGAGAAUUGGUGAUAGAAAAUAUGUUAAAGGAGUGACAAAGAUUAAAGAAUCAAAAAGGAAGAGGAAUAGUGGGGACAAUUGUGCAGAAAUAAAGAAGCAAAAAAACGUGAAAGAGAAAAAGACAGUGAAAGAUAUAUUGAAGGAGUUUCCUUCAAUAAACACUGGAUCGACACCUGGAUUAAUGAUAGAUGUUGUAAGUUCUUUGACAUCAGAACAAAAAGAUUGGGUGAAACGGAUGGGAUUUAAAGCAUUUUUGAAGAUCAACAUUAAGACUAUUCCCUUAAAACUUUGCCAUUUUGUGCUUGAGCAUUAUGAUGAAUGCACAAACAGUAUUUUGAUUAAAGGAAAAAGAAUAAAGAUCACAAAGGAAAAAAUUCAUAAAGUGUUUGGUUUACCCAAAACUAGAAAAAGCUUAUUUGUCUUGGAUAUGGUUAGCGAAGAUCAUCAAGUGUUUGAUGGAUGGAUGAAGGAACUUAAAGGUGGAAAGGCACAUACAACAAACUACAAUAAGAUUAUUCAAAAAUAUGAACAAGUAGAUAUGAAUUUCAAGCUGGGUUUCAUAGCCUUAUUUGUUAAUACGUUUGCAGAAUCCAUUCCUAUAGGGACAAACAACUUAGUUCCAGUUAGAGCACUUGUUGAAGUAGAUGACAUUUCAAAAAUCGAUUGGUAUGCGAAUUUGUUGUACUGUGUGAAAAAAUCAAAAGGGAGAUGGCAUCCAGAAAACCCCAAGUGUUAUUACAAUGGACCGAUGUUGUUGCUAUUGGAAAGACAAUCAUUUGAGAUUGAAACUGGUGGAUUUGUGGUUGGAAAUCUAAUUGAACAAAGUUCAAAUUUAGAUGGUGAGAAGAAUGAGAAUCUGGACACACAUAUUGAGGAGUAUGAAGAAAAGUAUGAAACAAUUUUUAACAAUGUUUCAAAUAUUAUUUUUCAUUGUCUAUCGAAAUUCCCUGAAGACAAUAGAACAUAG